ACGACAGCCGCUUCCAUUCCACACAUCAACUUAUUUUUCUGUACUUCCUCUCCUUCUCUUCAUCCUUUCAAUGUACUUUUAUUUGUGUUUGUUUCAAUGUCAUUUGCAUAUUCCUUGUAUCGAUCUUCACAAUCUUUUAUUUCAUUUCCUCCGAUAAAACAUUGUUAAAGUUUAUCUCCACGUUUUCGCAUGGCUUCUUAGCCUAUUAUUUAGCAGCUUUCAA